GGCCGGACUACUCUCCCCGCAGUCCACAGAGGAGCGAACCCUAGUGUCCUUCCGCACGCCGUCGCCAUGGCCGCUGCCCGCGCCGCCCUCCGCCUGCAGCGCCAGAGCCUCGCCGCCAACCCCUUUCUCUUCUCCGGCCAUGGCCUCCGCUACCGCAAGCUCGAGGUCAUCCUCACUACGACGAUUGAUAAGCUGGGGAAAACAGGGGAUGUGGUCAAGGUGGCGCCUGGCCACUUCCGCAACCACCUUAUGCCCAAGAUGCUCGCUGUCCCGAACCUGGACAAAUUUGCCAUACUCGUCCGAGAGCAGCGCAAGCUCUAUCAACGUGAAGAGGAGGUCGUGGUGAAACAAGUCACAAAGGAAGAUGAUGAUGCCCGGCUACAGGAAGAAAGACUGAAGCAGUACCAAGCAGCAGCAAAGCGGCUAGAUAAUGCACUCUUGGUGUUGAGGAGGUUCAUCUCGACUGGAAAUGAGCUGCGUACUCCUGUAACAAAAGAUGAAAUUGUUUCCGAGGUGGCAAGGCAACUCAACAUCACCAUCCAUCCAGAGAAUCUGCACCUGCAGUCACCUUUAGCGUCGCUUGGUGAAUUUGAGUUGCCCCUCCGGUUACCACAGGACAUACCGCGCCCAGAAGGUAAGCUCCAAUGGACUCUGAAGGUUAAGAUCAGGAGAAAAUAAGCGCAGAAACUGGGGAAAUUUCUUUUGCUCCCACAAUCUGGUGCAUGAUACCCAACCAUUGUAGCCUUGUGGAAUAGGUUUCCAUUGCCUGGAAGCGCGGUACUGGUUUUUGCUGUUUGAACACGUACCUUGCCCGUGAGGCGCAUGAACAACUUUAUGAUGAGCAUAUGUGGCAAAUCCAUGGGCAAUAAAGCUAUCUAUGUUUUCUCAUAUUGUGUUUGAGUUUUAAAUUAUGAUUGUAAAUCAUAUAUUUGAAAUGCUGUUGGAUUGUGUACGUUUUGAAUUA